AUGAAAUCAAUGCCUUGGAUUCAUUUUUUAUUCACUAUAAUUGUUAUUUUAUUUAUUUUAUCAAUUGGCAUUUUCUUCUACUUUUAUUCGGAAAUUCGAGAUAUCCAGAGAAUUGCUGAUGAUGCCAUUAAAGAUUUUGAGAUUUACGAAAAAAUGUCCUGGAAUGAUCUACAAGUCGUACUGAUUUCAUUGAAAUCCAGAGAAAAACGAAAAAUUCGCAAGAAAUCUCGUCGUCAAAGCGAAAAAGAUUAUCUUGUUGCAUUCCCAUCAUCACCUUCAAUAAAACCACCAGAAUGCCCAUCAGGCCCUCCAGGUCGACCUGGAAAACCUGGAUUAGAUGGUGAACCGGGAUUCGACGGGCUUCCGGGAAGAGACUAUAAUUAUAUGGAAUUAAUGACGGAGCACUGUAUUUUGUGUCCUGCUGGACCACCAGGAGAUCCAGGUAUGGAAGGAUCUGAUGGUAUUCCAGGACCGCCGGGCCUCAUUGGCCCCCCAGGCCCGAAUGGAGAAUCUGGAGUAAUUGGAUCAGUUGGGGCUGCAGGAAGAGAAGGAACUCCUGGGAAACGAGGAAUAGGUGGUGAAGAAGGAGAACCUGGUCUUAUUGUAAUGAAAAUGAUGAAUACAAGAGGCCCAAAAGGUUCUGUAGGACCGCGAGGUCUUACUGGGCAACCUGGAAUGCCUGGAAGAACAGUCAAUGCACCACCUGGAUCGCCAGGUAUCAGAGGACGUCCUGGUAUGCCUGGUGCAAGUGGAAGGUCAGGAAUCAUUGGAAAGAGAGGAAUCCACGGAGAGCCUGGACUCGACGCAUCAUAUUGUCCCUGCCCACGCCGAUCGUAUCAAAUGCAGAAAAUGGUGGAUCCAGCUCAAGAAAAGAAGUUUUCUUACGAUUAUUAUGAAUUUGAAGUCGCGAAAUCGAGGAGAAAUAGAAAAUCGAUUUGGAACAGAAGGAGAAUCAAAUAUAUUUAG